AUGGCGACUGGUACUGGUGCUGGUAUGGCCAAAGUUUGUGAAGAGCAGCAACUGACUGUGGUGGGACGUGCACACCUUUGUGUCCAGGCUUUUACACACACUGUCAAGCUCUGGAAACAAGGCUGUAGAGGCCCAAGGUGGUGUGCAGGUUAUGAGAGAAGGACCCAGUACACCAUCUACAGACUGGUGUACAGUGUGGAGCAGCAGACAAUCUACAAGUGCUGCCCUGGCUGGAGCCGGCGGCACAGUGAGCUGGGCUGUCUACACGCUAUCUCUGCAGUGGGGACUCGUUUUAAUAGAGAGAGAUGCUCAGAUCAUGGAGCCCACUGGUGCCCGUGUACAGAGGGAUUUCACGGACCCUGCUGUCAAUAUGAAAAGAACACACACAGGAAAAGCAGUCUAACACCUGGUUUCCUUUCGCAGAAUGUCGAUGAAUGUGCGGUGGUGAACAGAGGCUGCCAGCAGCACUGUAUUAAUAGUCCGGGCACCUUCCACUGUGAAUGUGGUACGGGAUACAGACUCCGUGCUGAUGAACACACCUGCAUAAAGAUGGACCCCUGCACAGGUGGGAAUGGAUGUGCCAACAUCUGUCAAAGUGAGAGUGGCGUGGCGGGGUACCAGCUGCCUGAAGACAAAAAGGCCUGUGGAGAUAUAAAUGAGUGUGCUGAAGGGCUUGCUCCCUCUGGCCAUCACUGUGUGAACACUACGGGAUCAUUCACUUGUGCCUGCCACCCUGGCUUUGAGCUGGGAGCUGAUGAAAAAUAGUGUUACAGAAUUGAAUUCGAAAUUGUCAAUAGCUGUGAAGAGAACAAUGGUGGUUGUUCCCAUCACUGUGAACAUGCAAUUGGUGGGCCUCUUUGUUCCUGUAACCAUGGACACCAGUUUGAUUCAGAUAAGAAAACAUGCAUAGACCUUGAUGAAUGUGAGAGUGGAGAAGCCUGCUGUGCCCAGCUCUGCGUCAACUAUUUAGGAGGCUAUGAAUGUGGUUGUAAGGAGGGCUUUCGGAUCAGUCCCAAUGGUUGUGGAUAUGAUGGUAAAUUCCUGAGAUCUAACACAAAGUAUGUGGAUGAGUGCCUGGAUGUCAGUAUAGUCUGUGACCAACUAUGUAUCAAUUCAGUGGGAACAUAUGACUGUACUUGUGAAGAAGGCUACAGAAUUGGAAGUGACAGAAAAACUUGCAUCGCUUGUUCCCCAGAGACCAGUGGGAAAGAGUGUGGCAGUAUCUGUCAUUGCCAGAGUGGAGGCACCUGUGAUGCCCUGACUGGGCAGCGCCAGUGCCCCUCAGGAAUUCCUGGAGCAACCUGUGAAGACAGAUGCCUAAAAGGAUUUUUUGGGAAGAACUGCAAGAGGAAAUGUAACUGCGCCCACAAUGGUCAUUGCCACAGGGUGUAUGGGGCCUGUAUGUGCGAGCCAGGGCGCUACGGGCGGUUUUGUCAUCUGAACUGUCCCAAAGGGGCCUGUGGAGCUGGCUGCUCUUCAGAAUGUCAGUGUGUGGAAGAGAACACCCUGGCAGGCAAAGCCAAAAAUGGUACUCGCACCUGCAAAUCUGGUUACCAAGGCAACAGAUGCCAGGAAGGUACAAUCUGA